GAUGCUUAUGGUCAGUAUACAAGUACAAAGUCCACGAGCCAGGGUCCGACAUCGGCACAGUGCAUGGACCAUUGACCAAAUAAAUUAUAUCUCAUUGGGUAUCUCUCAGAUUUUCUCAGAUGGCCGCACUCCUCCAAAUAUUACAAACCUAUAAUGCGAGUCAACUUUUGAUGUGAUCCCUUGAUGUACGCCUCGGGUCAAUGGGGUCAGCUGGCUGGCUGCCACAUGGUCGGCGUUAUAACCCGUUAAGCCUAUUUAUCGAGGAACUGAAACCGGGGCAGAUCAGGAUCGGGGUGCCCCGACCUCAGUUCUGGGAAGGUCUAGACGCCGAAGUGGAGGAGUACGCAGAGCGGUUUUUGGUCAGGCUGAAGGAGAAGAGCUUUGGGAUUGUAGAGGUGCCAGAGAUUCCCGGAUCGAGGGAGUUGCCGGAAAUAUACUUCACCAUCAACCAAGAGAUCAUACCUCUGCUGGAGGAGUAUCUGAGCUACCACGGCCAUGACGUCACUGUGCAAAGCAUCAUCGACAAGAUCGCCUCCCCAGAUGUAAAGGAACUUUUUCAAUACGCGAUGGAGAAUUGUCCAACCGAGAAGGAAUGCAAGAACGCAGUGGCUACCAGGGAAGAGGCCAAAAAGAAUUUGAUGACCUACUUCGAGGACCACCGCCUGGACUGCAUCAUUGUCCCGGCCAACAAGAUCCCGCCGCCUACCUUACGCGCUUUCGAGGAUCGAAAUACCGAACUCCGGAGGCUGAUCACGCAGAAUGUCGACUUCGGCAGCAACUGCAACAACCCUUCGCUUGUUAUUCCCGGCGGGAUUGCACAGCGUAGCGGUGUUCCCUUCGGCAUGCAGAUCGAGGGAUACACGGGCAGUGACAGGCGGGUGAUUGCCGUGGCGGUAGCUAUUGAGAAAGCGCUGAACUUGUAAACAU